UGCCUACGCAAGAACAAGAACUUUAGUCGAACACAACACGCUUCUCUACACAGUUGCGCAGACAAUCGAUCUCCAUCUCAAUCAGGUAUUCUUUAAUCCUCUUCUGUAGCAAUCCCUCUCUCCACUACCCUAUACGAAUAUGGUGUGUAUGUAUGGUUCAAUACUGGUGAAUACCUAUCCAUAUUGCCAUUGAUUUGAAGCGUUGCGGGUUUCUGUGAUGGGAUUGAGGGUUGUGACCUUUGUGCAAAGUUUAUGGCCUUUCUCUAUUUUCAAACGCGAUGACUUGAGGGUUUCGGAAGGGUUGGUUAGCAAAUUAUCGAUACCUGAUUGCACGAAACAGUUUGUUUAUGCGGUUCCCGAGCCUGAAUCGGGUGCUGUUAUAUACGUAGUGUGUGUUCAGAACUUAUCGGAGCAGUCAGCUAUGGAUGCCGAGUGUCUCAUUAGGGAAAUUAGGCCUGAUGCGGUGGUGGUCCAAGUGGAUAAUAUGACGAACGAGCUUCAUAGGGAUGGAAAUGAGAGUAUAAAUGAUAAGGGUUUUAUGAAGUUUUUAUUUGCUGGUGGGAAUGAUGAGGAUUGUGAGGAGAAUUCGGUUCCAACCUCCGCAAUUGAGGUUCUAAAGAGGUGUUUUAUGCACAAGAUUAAUAAGGAAAAGUAUGAGAAUGUGGCAGGGAAUUUGGUAUUGAGGGAGAUUUUUGGUGUUGGAUUUGAUGGAUAUUUCUUGGCAGCAAAGAAAGCAGCAGAAGAUGUUGGUUCAGCUCUUUUGUUACUCGAUUCUCCUUUUGUGAAACGCAAUGAGGAUAAUGAGUGUUCCACGGUAGGAGACGAAGGGUAUCCGAAUGGGUUUGGAGUUCUUGGUUUGAAGUCUUUUAACAAUCUGUUUCCACAAAGGGCAGGGCAAAUUAUGAUGCCAGUGAAUUGGCAGGGAUUUCGUCUUACAAAUGAUAUCCAGACUCAGAUGGUUAAGCUAUUGUCAUCACAUUUGGUUAAUUUGACUUCUGUUGCAAACAAUGAGUCUGAGAAUAUUCAACCACAUAUACAGUAUCAAGCCCCUCAGUUUGCUCAAUCUGUGUAUCCUUUACUAGUUGAUUUGCACGACAUUUUUGGUGAUAUUCCUUCAACAGGAACAGCUCUAGCUUCUGCUCAGAAAAUGUUGUAUGAUGUAAAUAGAGGAGAAAUGGUCAAUGCGGAACUCCUUUCCAAUGUUUAUAUAUUCCGGAUUGCAGUUGAGGUGUUGAGAAUUGCUUUGAGUAAUGCUGGCCGGCUUCCUAUUAGCAAAACUGAGGAUGCAAACGAUGAGUUUUCUGAGCUUUCUAUUGAGGAGAAGUCACAUGCACUUCUUGCCCAAGCUCUCCGAAGCCAGACAAAGAAGUAUAAAUCAAUUGUUGCAGUAGUAGAUGCAAGUAGUUUAGCUGGAUUAAGGAAAUACUGGAAUACCUGUGUUCCUCUGGAAAUUAAAGAUAUGGUUGAACAGCUUGCUGCUAACUGGGAGAGUGACGAAAUUUCAAAGUCCGACAGAAAAAGCUUAUUAGCUGGUAAACCAGUGGUAGCAGUUGGGGCAGGUGCAACAGCAGUGAUAGGUGCUUCAUCCCUCUCCAAAGUCGUUCCGUUAUCUACUAUAAUGAAGGUAGUUACCUUUAAAGUUCCUGCCUCCUUAAAACUCGUGAUGACUCAGACCCAAAAGGUUGCAGCUAUUAUGCUUGGCAAGUCAAAGGUUGUAGCCCCUGGAAUGGCAAGUUCUAGUUUGAAAUCAUCUGUUUUUAAGGCAGUUGCUUCCACUGAGAAAAUUCGAGUUGUGGCUCAUAGCGCUAUAGCCUCAGCCGAGAAAACUAGUUUAUCAGCUAUGAGAAGUGCAUUCUAUGAAAUUAUGAGGAAACGGCACAUCCGGCCAAUUGGGUUUUUGCCAUGGGCAACAUUUGGGUGCAGCAUUGCUACCUGCACAGGCUUACUUGUCUAUGGAGAUGGAAUUGAGUGUGUUGCUGAAUCACUUCCUGCAGCUCCUUCAAUUGCCAGUUUGGGUCGCGGAAUUCAAAGUUUGCGCGAAGCAUCUCAGGCAAUGAGGCAAAGUGAAAGCUCCAGGAUACAAAAUUCAUUAGAGUCCCUUUUGUACAGAUUUAAGAAGAUAAAGGUUCAAUAAGAUUUUGGCUGCUUUCUUAUAUGUUCACUCAAAAGUGAAACUGAACUUACUGUUAUGUAAAUAAAAUUGAGUAUAGAGGCUUUCCAUUUUAUGAUUGUUGAAGUUUUCUGUACGGUUUGCAGGCUUGCUUUUGCAAUUGAAUCAUUUUCUUCAA